AUGCCGUGGCCGUAUAUUAGCAAACCUGGGGGCGCCAGUUUAGGACUAAACAGAAGCUCGCUUUCUAAAGGAACAAUAUCAGAGCCUUACGGUGAGCAAUCAGAGCUGGCCACUCGACCAAUGACCAUACGGAAUGGAGAUAGGGUCACUCGAUCGUCUUCCACUUCAUCAGUAAGCGCAAAGACACUAGCAGAUGACUUCGCCCAUCUUACUCCUGCUGAGACUGCCGAGCGAUUACAGACUUCUCUCGUUCAUGGAUUAUCUCCAGUCGAAGCAAUAUCCCGGCUACAUGACCAAGGAUAUAAUGAGCUACCACACGAAGAACCUGAGCCGCUAUGGCUUCGAUUUUUGAAGCAAUUUAAAGAACCGCUUAUAUUACUCCUUCUAUGUUCCGCCUGUGCAUCAUUGGUAGUGGGAAAUCAAGACGAUGCCAUCAGUAUAGCAGUUGCUGUCACUAUAGUAGUUUCUGUGGGAUUCAUCCAGGAAUACCGUUCCGAAAAAUCCAUUGAGGCACUCAGCCAUCUCGUACCAAACCACGCUCAUCUCAUCCGAGGGCAGCAAAACAGAACACAAAUCACCCAAAACAUCUCGAAAUGGCCGCCUACUAGGGGUAAAAGCGAUACAAUCCUAGAAACAAAUCAAGACACAGUACCCCAACUUGAAAACGAAUCAGUAAUUCAACCAACAUCUAUCAAAGUUCUAGCCUCUCAGCUUGUACCAGGGGACUUGGUACUUUUCACGACUGGGGAUAGAAUCCCGGCAGAUACACGAGUUGUCACUGCCUCAGACCUAACAAUUGAUGAAUCAAACUUGACAGGUGAAAACGAACCCGUAAGAAUAACCGCAGAAACUAAAAGUCCACUAAUAUCUGCGGUAAAAACCAAUAAUAUUAUACCAGAUACAACAUGGUCUUCACAUUCACCUAAUGAAAGUGGCACAUCAAUCAUAAGUGAAAAUCCUCAAAACUCGACGAAUAUAGCUUUCAUGGGUACCUUGGUGAGGUCAGGCCAUGGCCAGGGAAUCGUAUAUGCUACAGGUGGAAGGACUCGGUUUGGUAAAAUUGCGGCUGCUGUUACAGAAACUGAAAGUCCUCGAACUCCUCUUCAACUCUCUAUCGAUCUGCUUGGGUCGCAACUUAGUCAAGCAUCUUUUUGCAUAAUUGCCCUAAUUUCUUUGGUUGGAUGGUUACAAGGAAAGGGACUUCUAGAAAUUUUCACCAUUUCUAUCUCUUUAGCUGUAGCAGCUAUACCAGAAGGCCUGCCAAUUAUCGUAACUGUCACUUUAGCCCUUGGAGUUCAUAGAAUGGCAAAGCACAAUGCAAUAGUGAGGAAGAUGCCUAGUGUAGAAACCUUAGGUUCUGUGAAUGUUGUUUGCAGUGAUAAAACGGGAACCCUCACUACAAACCACAUGACAGCUACAAAUCUUUGGUACUUUGAUAUCGACGAGCCCCUCAAAAUUGAUACCGGUGAUGAAGCGGUUGAGGCAACCCCUGACCCUGUAACCUUGCGUAUACUUAGGAUAGCAAACAUUGCUAACAAUGCAUGUCUGACCCGGCUGUAUAGUUCACCUCCAUCUGCUAGCUCUGUAGCCAUAUUAUCCUCGACUGCCAGUCAAUCCAGGGGUGGAAGCCCACUUCGUAGCCGCUGGGUAGGCCAGCCUACAGAUGUCGCAUUGCUUGACCUAUUAGAUAGGUUCAAAGAACAUGAUGCUCGCCAUGGCUUUGGACAUAAAGUAGGCGAGAUACCCUUUAGCUCAGAAAGAAAAUGGAUGGGUGUUACCGUAGGUGACAUCGCUCUAGACGGCAGCUCAAAUUUAAGAGAGGUGGCUUAUAUGAAAGGUGCAAUAGAUCGUGUGUUAAGCAGAUGUGACACUUACUUGAAUAAAGACGGUCGAGAAAUGGUUUUAGAUUCAAGAAGAAGGCAAGAGGCUAUGGAAGCUUGUCAUAAAAUGGCAAAAGAAGGUCUUCGAGUUCUCGGCUUCGCAAGUGGUCCUAUUUCAAGACGAACAAGAUCCUUCGGACAAAAUAGUAGUCAAAGCGGUACGCCAUCCAGGCCCGGAUUCCAUGAACCACACGCCUCUCACACUGAAGACGUAUACAAAGGUCUAACUUUUGCUGGCCUUGUUGGUAUGAGCGACCCCCCUCGAUCUGGUGUUCGAAAAGCAAUAAAGCGUCUUCAUCGUGGAGGUGUAAAGGUAAUUAUGAUUACUGGAGAUGCGGAGACUACAGCAUUAGCCAUUGGGAAGAAACUUGGGAUUUCAAUUCCUCAACCUCGCGAGCAUACGCCUAACUCAAUUGCAAUCAACCCGGUCCUAACAGGCGACCAAAUUGAUGUCAUGACAGACGAAGAGCUAGAAGCAGCUAUCGGGAACACCUCUGUAUUUGCACGGACGAGUCCGGACCAUAAAAUGAGAAUCGUUCGCGCUUUCCAAGCACGUGGUGAUAUUGUGGCAAUGACUGGAGACGGUGUCAAUGAUGCCCCAGCUCUUAAAAAAGCUGAUAUAGGGAUAUCUAUGGGGCUUCAAGGAACAGACGUCGCAAAGGAGGCUGCUGACAUGAUUCUUACUGACGAUGAUUUCUCAACUAUUCUCAGGGCUAUUGAAGAAGGCAAGGGUAUCUUUAAUAACAUUCAAAACUUUCUUACUUUUCAACUAAGUACGAGCGCUGCUGCUCUCAGCUUGGUCUUUUUUUGCACAUGCCUUGGGUUUAAAAAUCCCUUGAAUGCCAUGCAAAUUCUUUGGAUAAAUAUUAUCAUGGAUGGACCACCCGCUCAAUCUCUUGGUGUUGAACCUGUUGACCCGGAUGUCAUGACUCGUUCUCCUCGGAAGCGUAACGCUCCCGUUCUCACGUGGCCUUUAAUAGUUCGUGUACUUAUGUCUGCUUCUAUCGUAAUGUUUGGAACUAUGGCUAUCUACACACACGAAAUAUUAACCGGUGGUGUCAUCACAAAAAGAGCCACCACAAUGACUUUUACAUGUUUCGUCCUCUUCGACAUGUUUAAUGCUCUUAAUUGUCGAUCCGAGAGCAAAAGCGUACUACGAGGAGAGGUAGGUCUAUUCAGCAAUACUCUAUUUAACUGGGCCGUUAGUCUAAGCUUAGGAGGGCAAAUUCUAGUUAUCUACUUUCCAUGGCUUCAGGAAAUAUUCCAGACUGAAGCACUCGGAUUCCUGGAUCUAGUGAGCUUGAUAUUGUUAUCAAGCUGUGUAUUUUGGGCGGAGGAAGGCCGUAAAUGGUGGAAGGGCCGAGAUAUGAGAAGGUUGGGUGGUGGCUACAGUCAGGUUGUGUAG